AUCAUGGCAUGCUGCAUUGGAAACUCAAAGUAAAAUGUAUAUACCCCACUCUCAUGCGUUUAUAGAUUUAAGUAAUGACUUCACUGCUGAUUUGUUCCUUACUACAUCAUCAAAUUCACAAAGCAUUCAGUUUGAGACAUGGGUAAAUAAGGAGGGGAACUUCUCUAAAGAAAACAGUAAGGAAACACCUAGUGGUGUGAAAGUUGUUGGACAGUCCGUGUUUGCAGAUUUUGAUGGGGAUGGACAAAGUGAACAUUUAUUACCAGUCUGUGAAGAUACAACAUGUCAGAAAAGUGCCAUCUACUUAACUAAGCUGGGAUUGGAUCAGUGGAUUCCAGUCUUGCAAGACUUCAGAAAUAAAGACACACUCUGGGGCUUCGUACCGUAUCAAAAUGACAAAUCUUCAAUGGAAAUUUCAUUUCCAAUUACACUUCAUAUUGGAGAUUACAAUAUGGAUGGCUACCCAGAUGCUCUUGCUAUAUUAAAGAAUACAUCUGGAAGCAAUCAACAAGCGUUUUUACUAGAAAACGUCCCAUGCAAUAAUGUAAGCUGCAAGAGUGUACGUCGUAUGUUUAAAGUUUUUUGGGAGCUCUCGGAUCUAAAUCAAAUCAAGGAUGCAGUGGUAGCAACCUUCUUUGACAUAUACGAAGACGGAAUCUUGGAUAUCAUUGUGCUAAGCAAAGGCUACCCGAACAAGGACUUUGCUAUCCAUACACUAAAAAAUAACUUUGAAGCAGAUGCCUAUUUUGUUAAAGUUAUUGUUCUCAGUGGCCUCUGUUCUAAUGACUGUCCUCGGAAAAUAACACCUUUUGGUGUUAAUCAGCCUGGUCCUUACAUCAUGUACACUACUGUAGAUGCAAAUGGAUACCUGAAAAAUGGGUCAGCUGGACAGCUUAGCCAGUCAGCACAUUUUGCUCUCCAGUUGCCAUACAACGUGCUAGGUUUGGGACGUAGUGCUAAUUUCCUUGACCAUUUGUACGUUGGCAUUCCUCGUCCAUUAGGAGAAAAGUCCAUAAGAAAACAAGAAUGGACAGCUAUCAUACCAAACUCCCAGCUUAUAGUCAUCCCUUAUCCCCAUAAUGUUCCUCGAAGCUGGAGCGCCAAGCUAUAUCUGACCCCAAGUAACAUUGUGCUGCUAACAGCUAUAGCCUUAAUUGGUGUCUGUGUUUUCAUCCUGGCAAUAAUUGGCAUAUUACACUGGCAAGAAAAGAAAGCAGAUGACAGAGAGAAGCGACAGGAGGCUCAUCGGUUCCAUUUUGAUGCUAUGUGACAUGCCUUAAUAUUUAUGAAGGAGCUCCUACUCAUUUGCUUAAUUGAAAUACUAAAUUCUGAUCUGUAAAGUGAUUACCGUGAAAAUACUGCUGGUGUGCUAUUUGUAAAUGUUGCAUUAUUUGGUAUUUAUUUGGAAAGUAUUAAAAUUAGACCUGAAUGUCUCACAAGGCCUUUCGGUUAACAGACUGUAUAUAGUAACAUUUGGUCUUUAUUUAACAGAACUGUAAAUGUAUUUUUCUUAGUAAAGGGAUCAAAUUGCAUGUACCAUUGUUUACGUGCCAUCAAUUCUUUCAUAAUAUUUGAUAGAAAGAAAGCAGUGUAAAUAAAGUUUAGCAUUUCAGCGAGCAGAAUACUUUGUACCACUUGAAUUGGUCUUGUCAUUUAUACAUUCCUGCAAAAUGACUGGCAUUUCUGAAAAUUAAGCUCGAGCAAUUUCUCAGAUGACUUGAUCAUUAAUUAUUUUGAUUGUACUAAAUGGUACUCAA